AUGGCUCUUCUUGGAGAGGUUGCAGCGGAAACAAGUGUGAGAGCGGGCGCUGGGCGCGGCCUGAUCAUCACGAAGCAAGAACUAUUCAUGAUUUUGUACUAUUCCCCUUUGCUGUGGGACGGAGGGGGGGGAGCGCUAAACCUGGUCCCUAGAAAUGCGAGGCAGGAGCUGGAUGAGAUUAAGAAGUCAGGGUUCCGUUGCCUCCAGGAUAUUGAAGUGGAUGAGACCAAUGUCCUCCUCUGGAAGGGACUUCUAGUGCCGGAUGGUCGUCCAUACAAUAAAGGUGCAUUCCGGAUUGAGAUCAGCUUUCCGUGUGAGUAUCCAUUCAAGCCCCCCAAGAUCACUUUCAAGACUAAGAUCUAUCACCCCAAUGUGGAUGAGAAAGGCCAGGUGUGCUUGCCAAUUAUCAGCAAUGAGAACUGGAAACCUGCUACCAAGACAGAACAGGUGAUCCAGGCACUGAUAACAUUGGUGAAUGAGCCCGAGCCAGCCCAUCCACUGCGUGCUGAUUUGGCAGAGGAGUUCACCAAAGACUACAAACGUUUUCUGUGCAAUGCUGAAGACCAUACCUGCAAAUUCAGUGAGAAGCGGCCAUAUAAGUAA